AUGGAUCCUACACAGAUGAGGCGAGUGGCAAAAGAUCGUGUGGAAAUCCUCCAGGUGUAUCGUCUGUUGCAGCUUGUUCAUAAACGAGACAAGGCCCAGAUAGAGAGAUUCGUCCGUCUGGGUGUUCCCAACCUUGUUAACCUGACAGAGCCCAGCGAAGGCAAGUCCGCUUUGCACCUGGCUGCCGCUGCCAAUGACACAUAUAUGGUCUCCUUUCUUCUCUCUCAGGGGGCCCACCCCAGUGUGCAGGACAAGAAGGGCCGGACCCCAGUGAUGCUGGCUGCUGAACUGGGCCAUGACACCACUGUUGCCCUGUUAGCUGAGAGCGAUCCAGACAUGGAUAUAUUAGACAACGAAGGCAAAGGAGUGCUGUUUUACUGCAUCUCUCCUACCAAACGUCGCUGCCUGCAGGUGGCACUCAACAGCAAAACCAACGUCAACAAUGUGUCUCUGGCAGGGAUGCCUCUGUUCCUGUUGGCCUGCCAAAAUGCUCGCGAGUGUAGCAGCAUGUGUCUCAGCAUACUGGAGAGGGGAGCCAAUCCCAAUGCUGUUGAUGAGAGAACGGGUGUUACAGCUCUGAUGGAGGCAUGCAGGGCCGGGGCUGUGGACCUGGUCAGGGCCAUUCUACAGCUGAGAGGAAACCCCAAUGCCCAGGAUAAAGAGAUGAUGAGUGCUGCCCAUAUGGCAGCUGAAGGAGGCUUCUUUGAGGUGAUAGUGUUGUUGUCUGCAUAUGGAGCAGACCUCGGCAUGGUGUCACUGAACCUCACUAAUGCUCUCCACCUUGCUGCAGCUGGAGGCUUUGCAAAAUGCUGCAGGUUCUUGGCUCAACGAGGCUGUAAUGCUAAGCAGAGGAACUCGGAGGGUCUGCUGCCUCGUCAAAUAGCCAAGGACAAGGCCACUAUCAAAGAACUGAAGAAGGCUGAGCGUCUGCAGGGAAAUCUGUCAAAUCCCGACACUGUGGACCCAAACGAGCCCUGGAGGCUGUUGCUCCAUGACUGGUCCUGUGAGCACCAGGAGGCCUUGCGUCGUGCCAUGGAGUUACUGGAGGAGGCAGAAGGUCCGUUGGAUACCAUCACCAAGGACACAUUUAUCACAGCCAUGAAGGAUAACAAUGUGCCUGUUAAUGAUGACCAGCUCCAAAUAAUCAUCCAGGAGCACGACAAGAGCCGUGAAGGUUUGAUUAAUAUCACAGACUUCUUCAAGGGAGUCCACUUUCUGCAGAAGGCCUACACCCUCCCAUCCUAUGCUCCUAAAAUGAAGAAGGUGGGUAAAGGAAGGAAGGCGGCAAAGAAGGGGAAAUUUGUCCUCCCCAUGCCCAUCUGUGUGCUCCCCCCAGCACUCAACCUCCGACGCCCAGACGGCGGCCCGCCCCAGUUCAUGAUCGAGAGUUACCAGCUGUACACUGACAAAAGGCGCUUUGACCGGGACCAUCCGCCAUGCCACGCCAUGCAGGAUGACUCACCUUGGUAUAUAGAAGAGCCUGAAAAGGUGUUUGUCAGCAUCAGCAACUGUGUGAGAAAAGCUGACAUGGAGUCCCUGAGCUUGGCCUUCAGUCAGGGAGUACCAGUGGAUAUUAAAGAUCGCUACUACAAAACACCACUCAUGAUCGCCUGCAGCAGCGCAAACCUGGAGGUGGCCAAGUUUCUCAUCAACCUGGGUGCUGAUGUGAACGAAUGUGACCAGUUUAACUGGACACCACUUCACCACGCCUGCUACGCAGGCCAGGUGGAUAUCAUUGAGCUGCUGGUGAAUUCUGGGGCGCAGGUGAACGCAGUGACUAUGAAUGGAGCCACCCCACUCAUGAGGGCCAUCCAGAGUUGCAGGCUUUCCUGUGUGGACUACCUGAUCAAAGCUGGCAGCGAUGUACAUGCCAAGAACAAGAUGGAGCAGAACAGCUUGGAUAUUGCCAGAACCUACGGUGACAAGAGGAUUGCUGAUCUGGUCCAUAACAAGUUUGACAGCCUGCCUAAGCUCAAGGAGCAGAAGGGGAAAGGUGCAGGGAAGGUGAACAAAUCAAAACCUGCCAAAGCCAUAGCCUCUGCCUCUCUCAGCACCAAAGAACAGGAGACUGAAGUUCCAUGUCUGCCUCCAUCGAACCUGAACCUGAAAGGCUCCCUGAGAGAGAACAUCAUAUUCCUCAACACACACAUCACCAGCACAACUGCCAACAAGCACGACGUCAGCUAUGUGCCGAGAACAAUUUGGGGUAGGAAGCUGAUGGGUAAUGCUCAGAUGGCUGCCAGGAGGAAGGAGAGCAGCCAGCAUGGAUCCCGUAUGUUGGACUUGGAUGACUCCACGAUGCCUUUGCCCGACAGCAUGCUGGAGAUGUCUCAGGACCUGGUUAGGGUGGAGGACUAG